UUGGAGCCUCUGGAAACACCCCACCCUGCUAGCCAGUCUGUUUACGUAUGCCCUCAGGCUCCUCCCUAAUUCAAAUGUUACGGGGUAGAAGGAGAAAAGAACUCAAGAGCUGCUCUAAAGCAUCUAGAAUUCUCUGCAGCCUACCUCUUGAGAAAGGAGACUGCCUUGAGUUCUGACUCAGCCCAAUGCAAGCGGGGCGCCCCUCUUAAAGCACCAGCCUUCUGUAAGCCUUUGACUGAAACUGGAAGAGAAGAGUCCCAAGGACGGUGACCAGGGUGGACUCUGGGGACGGACAGUCAUCAAGAAAGACUGAGAAAUGGCAGGCGUGAGGCCCCACGUGCAAGCAGACCCUGAGAUUGAGCUUUUUGUGAAGGCUGGAAGUGAUGGGGAGAGUAUCGGAAACUGCCCCUUUUGUCAACGGCUCUUCAUGAUCCUCUGGCUUAAAGGAGUUAAAUUCAACGUGACGACUGUUGAUAUGACCAGAAAGCCAGAAGAACUGAAGGACUUAGCCCCAGGUGCCAAUCCGCCCUUCCUGGUGUAUAACAAGGAGCUAAAAACAGACUUCAUCAAAAUCGAAGAGUUUCUAGAGCAGACACUGGCUCCUCCAAGAUACCCUCACCUGACCCCCGUGAACAAGGAAUCCUUCACUGUGGGCUGUGACCUCUUCGCCAAGUUUUCUGCAUAUAUUAAGAAUCCACAAAAAGACGCGAACCCGGAUUUCGAAAAACCCCUACUCCGAGAACUGAAGCGUCUGGACGAUUACCUAAAGACCCCGCUUCUGCACGAGAUAGACGCAGACAGCGCCGAGGAGCUCACGGUGUCCAGGAGAUUAUUCCUGGACGGGGAUCAGCUGACGCUGGCUGACUGUAGCCUUUUGCCCAAGCUGCACAUUAUUAAAGUUGCUGCCAAGAAAUACCGUAACUUCGACAUCCCAGCGGAGUUCUCAGGGGUCUGGCGCUACCUCCGCAACGCGUAUGACCGGGAGGAGUUCGCCCACACGUGCCCUGAAGACAAGGAGAUCGAGCACACCUACGCCAGCGUGGCCAAGCAGAGCUAGAGCCGCCAUUUCCACAGAAAACCCCCUUCCUCAUCAGGUUUUGCUCGUCACCACAGUAGAAAACCUUUAGGCUCUGGGAGUGCGGAAGCGCCGUUUUCUCUGGCAAAGGAACGCUGUUCUCCGCAUCGAGCAGGCAGCCACAGGGGCCCUAUCUGCAAGGCCUUCUUAUUUUCGCUUCAACUUCUUCGUUCCCAUCUCAAAUGGCACGCGAUCAGCCACAACGUCUGCUUUUUGAUUGAGUCCCUAAAACGUGUCAUGUGUAAGCGCAGAUGCCCUCCUACUGCUUACAAGCACUAACAAAGCUGGCAGGCUGACCACAGGUCUAGGGGCGGGUCGAGCGGGGGGGCAGCCUUGGGGGCGAUGGGACACAGCUCAGUCCCGGCGUCGGGGGAGCCGGGGUGCCCAAGAAUGAACUACACAAGAAAAUGAAUGAAUGCGCUCGUUAAAAUAAAGAUCUCUAUAAACCAUUAAAGCAGUUUUGUAUUUUACUGCUGCAACGCACGAAUGAGUGUAUGAAAGUAGUGUACCCGCGGACAAACAGUGACGCCAGGGAACGAGCAUCUGGCAGGAAAACCCAGCUGUAGGAAGAGAGCAGCAGGUGGCAGGUGUGCCCAGGCCUCAGGUCUUAGGACACGGGACUGUGAUCCAUGUGACCAGAAGGCUGCUGCUAACUGAGCAAGCAUUUGUUCAAUACAACGCGAUAACAAUAAAAGAUCACAA